AUGGACUCUGCGCCUACGGUGGCGGUGCACGUCCUUGUGUUCCCUUGGCCACGGCAGGGACUCAUCAACCCCAUGCUCCACCUCGCCACGGCCCUCCUCGACGCCGGCGUCCACGUCACCUUCCUCCACACCGAGCACAACCUCUCCAGGAUUGCCAGUGCCAGGGCGCCUCCGCCGCGCCUACGUUUGCUGUCUAUCCCCGAUGGCCUCCCCGACGACCACCCCCGCCACUACAUGGAGCUGAUGGAGUCCAUGUGCACGACCGGCAGCGCCGCGUACCGUGCCCUGCUCUUGUCAUCGCUUCUGCCCGCCGACGAUGUGCCGCCGGUGACAUGCGUUGUCGCCGAUGGCACCAUGCCGUUCGCCACCGACAUCGCCGAGGAUCUCGGCAUUCCGGCGCUUGCCUUCUGCACAUUCAGCGCGUGCAGCUCCCUGGCGUUCAUGUCCAUGCCCAAGGUCUUCGAGCUCGGCGAGAACCCCUUCCCUGCGGACGACCCAGUGUGUGGCGUUUCGGGGAUGGAGGGCAUCCUCCGGCGAUGA